AUGAUUGGUCAUCGAAUUAUAUUCGCUUUCAUAGCUUUGUUUUUGUUCUUAGUUAUUACUAUUUCAACAGCUCCAAUUCUUGAUAGAACAUUGGUAACAGAAAUAGUAUUCAAUCUAACAACUAAUGAAACAGUUACAACAACAACUGAACCAAUUAAUUAUGAUAAUGAAAGUGAAUCUAAUGAAACAUCAAUUGAACAAGAUAUGAAUAUGACUACAUUCCGAUAUACAAGAACAACUACAUCUAUUCCAGAAACAGUAACUAGUGGUUUUCUCGUUGGUAAUUUUAGUGAAGUAUCCGUUAGUAUUGAUGAUCUUAUCAAAAUAAAUGAUUCUUUUUUGUCUACGAGUGAAGAUGAAGUACCUGCAACACCAAUUGAAAGUCCGGAAUCUGUUAAAUUAAAUACAACAAGAUAUAUAUAA